AUGUCUUCGCUCUUCGUCAAGCGCAACAACGCAGUCGAGGUCAACUCAGCCUUCCCUGGCGACAACCACUUCCCAGACCUCUCCUCCGUCUCAGCCAUUGACGACGAUGGCUCUUCCUUCUACUGGGCCAUCUUCGCCGUCAUGACAGCCUCAGCCCUCGCCUUCACCUUCAUGGCCACUCGCGUCGCACCCAGGGAGCGUGUCUUCCACUACAUCACCAUCGCCAUCGUCUCCGUCGCUGCAGUCGCCUACUUCACCAUGGCCUCCAACCUCGGAUCCGUUGCUAUUGCCGUUGAGUUUGCCAACUACAGCAACCUGCCAUUCCGUCAAGUCUUCUAUGCACGUUACAUUGAUUGGUUUGUAACGACACCCCUCCUCCUCCUCGACCUGCUCUUGCUUGCUGGCAUGCCAUGGUCUGAGAUCAUCUUCACCAUCAUCAUGGACGAGAUUAUGAUUGUCACUGGUCUUCUUGGUGCCUUGACUCCUUCAUCUUACAAGUGGGGCUACUGGACAUUCGGCAUGUUUGCCUUCUUCUGGGUCGCCUACGUCCUCAUCUUCACUGCUAGGAAGCGCGCCAUGGCACUCGGUUCUGAUGUGCACCGUGUCUUCCUCGGUAUCUCCAUCUGGACUGCCUUCCUCUGGACCCUCUACCCAAUCGCUUGGGGUCUUUCUGAGGGUGGCAAUGUCACUUCUUCAGAUGGUGAAGCAGUUUUCUACGGUGUUCUCGAUCUCCUCGCCAAGCCUGUCUUUGGCGCUUGGCUCCUCAUCGGACACCGUGGUAUCGGCCUUGACCGUCUCGGCCUCCAUGAGAAGCGUUGGGACCUCGUCAACCAAUCCACACACGUCCGCGAGAAGGACCUGCGUAGGGAUUCUGAGAUGGGUCAUGGUGCUGGUGUUGCACCCGUUGCAGCGACAGGAACACACACUACACCUACUGCUUCUGCAGGUGCACCUGUGUCAGCACCAAUUGUUGAGCACACGACUCACAAUGUCUAA